AUGAAACGAAAAAAUUACGAGGCCAGGGAAACGGAAAACGCCCACCUGCGAAUUACCGUCAGGUGGGCCAGAGCCAGAGAUACCGGUUCUUUAGGUUCAAACCGAGAUUACACAAGACGUGUCAGCAUCAGUCCAAGUCAACAAUCCAGACGAAGAGCCAGUCGUCAACGAAGAAGUAAAGAAGUUCCGAAACCGGAUGGUUCAAAUCGUUUCAUAUUUAAUCUAAAGGAGUUAAAUAAAUUUAUUGAUCCUCCGCAUUUUAAGCUAGAAGAUAUUAGGUCAAUUUUGGGCCUAGUGUCUCUGGGAGACUUUCUGGGGACUAUGGACCAAGAUGCAUAUCUAAAAUUUGCUGAGUUCCUAGGAGUAUUAACGUCGGCUUGUCCAGCAGUAACCUAUGGUUUCAUCCAUUGCAAGCAGUUAGAGAGGCAGAAAUACUUAGCUUUGACAUUCAAUGGUAGCAAUUAUGAAGAUGGAAUAGUGAUCAACGAGAGCAUGGUAGAAGAUCUGAAUUGGUGGAGAGUAAAUGCGACGAUUAGGUCGAAUCUGAUUAAAACUAAUAAGUACGUGAUGGAAAUUUUUUCAGAUUCUUCUUUAACUGGUUGGGGCUGCUACUGUGACGGAGUAGAGGCCUUUGGAUUUCGGGAUCAGAAUGAAAGGAAAAAACAUAUUAAUUACCUUAAAUUAUUAGCCGCUUUUUUAGCAAUCAAAUGUUUCGCGUCAAAAUCAUCUAACUGCGAGAUUUUGCUUAGACUAGAUAACACCAGUGCAAUUUCGUAUAUAAAUAGAGCAGGUGGAGUAAGAUUUCGACAUUUAUGCGCAUUAUCCAAGGAAAUUUGGAACUGGUGUGAAGAAAGAAGAUUGUGGUUAAAAGCAUCCUAUGUCGCGUCAGCGGAUAAUACUGAGGCGGAUAGGGCGUCGCGCAAUGUGAACAUAGAUUCGGAAUGGGAAUUAGCUCAGGCUGCCUUUUCAGAAAUUGUAAGGAAAUUUGGAUCUAUCUCGGUUGAUUUGUUUGCUUCCAGAUUGAAUAAAAAGAGCAAAAGAUUUUACUCAAGGUUCCCGGAUCCAGGGGCAAGCGCAGUUGACGCAUUUACGGUAUCAUGGAAAAACGAAAAUUUCUACGCUUUUCAUCCCUUUGCUCUAAUUACGCGCACGUUGAGGAAAAUUAUCAACGAAAAAGCGGUAGGAAUAGUCGUAGUACCAUUAUGGCUUACACAGCCCUGGUAUCCACUCUUCACAUCGUCGUUGAUUGAGCCUACUAUAACAUUUAAACCAGAUAUUAAUUUAUUAAAAUCUCUCUACAGAUACGAGAGCCACCCCCUAGCGUCUCAUCUUUCAUUGGUGGCAGGGAAAUUAUCCGGUCAGCAUAUCUGA